GAUAUCUUGACAGUUUACAAAAUGAACAUCCGAAACAAGCUUGUUGCGGUUCUAACUGCCACCACGGUAUUGGGUUUUGUUUUAGGGUUUCCACCAAAAUAUGGUCCGUGUAAAGUCAAAUGCAGAACUCUGGGUCUACGAAAAUGUUUUAGGAUAUGCAGAAUCGCAACAGGUGAUAGCAUUGCCUUUCCUUGUUGGAAGAACUGUUCAGUCUCUAUAAAUGGACCAAACGCUGCAAAUGACCUCAGCGGAUGUAUUCAACAGUGUAGAGUUGGGAAAACAUGUGAUCUUGCUUCUAACAAAACACGUCUUCUGAAAAUACUUAAGGAAAAAGAACCUUUGGAAGGUCCACUUUUCGCAAAGGAUGGGAAUCUUUACAUUGUUUUGUAUACAGCGGGUGAGAUCCGCAGAGUUGACUUGGAAAAUAAACAGACUAUUCCGUUUGUUAAUCUAUCAGUGGAUGGGUUUAAUGGAAUGCCAUUAGGACUACAAAAUGGCCCCGGGAACAAUAUCUGGGUUACUGAUAUGAGACUUGGUUUAUUGAAAGUGAAACAAAAUGGCUCUUUCGAACAAGUAGCAACUAAAGAUAAUCAGAAUGAACCUCUUCAGGGUCUAAAUGACCUUACAUUUGACUAUCAUGGUAAUCUAUGGAUUACAGCACCAUAUGGUCCUAUUGCCCCACAAAACUUUACGGAUUCAGAGAAGGAUCCAUUUGGGAGUGUCUACUGCUAUAAUAUGACAACGAACGAGUUUAUUAAACUUGCUACUGGAUUCCUAUACCCCAAUGGUAUAGCAGUGCGACAUAAUAGCGACGGGACUCCGGCAAAACUAAUUUUCGGGUCGUUUUACAAUAAAACGGCCCCCUUAUGGAGCUUUGAUAUAGUUGGCCCUUGUCAAAUCGACAACAAGCAAGUUUGGGGAAAUCUGCCUGCCAAUAGUUAUAUAGAUGGCAUGGACUUUGAUGAAAAGGGGAAUCUUUUAGUAACGGACUAUCACUCUAGUAUACUGUACGUCUUUGACAAUAACGGAGGUACUCCUACGUGUCAAUUAAAGUUACCCUUUAAGCAUUUAACCAAUGUUCAAUUUAGGCCAGACUCAAAGGAGCUCUAUAUCACUGGAGAUGAAUUAUGGAAGGUAGAUUGGAAAUACAAAGGAAUGAAACAGUAUUGGGAGAUAGCUUAAAGUGUUAACAAGCUUUUAGCUUGAGCAAACGAUAUUACGAGAUCUGUAGCUCAUCUCUUAAUCAAAUUUAUAAUUUGUGAAAAAUGAUCAAUAAACACAAUC